CACGAAAUGUUUCCAAAAGAUUUCAAAUUCGUCGCGGUUGCCUUGUCAAGCUACUUUGAAUAUGUUGAUGCCUUGUGAUAGCAUGUCCGUUGUUUGUGAUGGUUCACCUUGCGAAAAUCCCAAUAAUUUUAAAAAAGAAAACGUUUACUGUUACGACGAAUUCGUCAAAUAGCCUUGAGUUAAAAAAGAGCUCAUCCUUUGUACCAAUGAUGAGUCAAUUUCUUAAAUCUCAUUUAGUCUGGAUUGUCCCUUUUCCAGUCAUGUUUUGUACACCCCUUAGUGAAGACAAUUUACAACCUUUGCAUACAACAUGGAAAGAAGAACAUAACAAAUUGAUUACCGAGCUUUUUUUACGAAGAUGCUUACAACACGAGUAUGGAAAUACAAAUAUGUCUUUUACUAUUUUUUAUGGAGUACAAAUCAAUCGUUUGUUUUCACCUUUUAGUUAUGAAAUCAAAAAAUUUAUUUUAAAAGUCGAAGAAACCAUUAAAAACAUUUGGAAGAUGACCGUAAAAGAGGAGGAAAAAAAAAGAUCUAUCAAGGGUCAUGCAUGGCAUGAAGAUUUUUUUACGCAGCUUUACGAUUCUGAAGUGAUAUGUUUUCAUGUUUACGACAUGAUAUUGGAUGAAUCAUGUAACCCGCAAAACAUGGUCCAUUUUAAAACCAAUAGUUGCUAUAUUCGGCUCGUUUCAAAUUCACUAGCGAAAUUUUGUAAACAUUUAUCGAAGAAAAUAUCUCUUCAAUUAGUUGAGUACUUUAGUAACAACUUACACGUACCGGAAACCUAUCCUUUAAAAGAAAAGCAUUCAUCUUUUUUGUUCAAAAUUCAAAAUUUAACGACCACGACAAAUAAGCUACUCGAAAAUGCCUUAUGCUUUCCACCGCUUGCAAUGGAAGAACCGAAAUGGGAUUGGCCUACUUUUUUUUUGUUUAAAUGGAAAGAAGUAGAGAUCCAAUCCAUCCCUCUUUUAUUGAUUCACAAUUGGAAGGUUCAAGUAGCUCAGUGCGUUAUCAAUAAAACUUGUCCAAGUGUGCGGGACUUGACGCAUUUAUUGCUUCAUGUGUUUGAAAAAAUAAAAUUUUCUAUAUAUUUUCAUCCAUUUUUUUGGAAUAAAUCACCACUUUUACAAUCAAGUGUGUCUCUAAAAGAUCAAUUACCCAUUGUUGUAUCUGAAAGAUGCAUUGUUCAAUCUCUUUUUGAGUAUUUACAUGAGCGAUGCCGCGUCGCUUAUACCCAGACAAAUUUCGAAUUAGAUAAAACACUGCAUAAUUUUAACAGUAUUGGUGAAUUCAUGACGUAUGUACGAGGGUGUAUUCGAUGGAUUCUCGAUUUCGCCACUUUGAGAAUUCCACGUACAUUUCUUUGCAUUCUUCCUUACCCUCUUUACACUGAAUUAAUUGCUUUUUGCAAAUCACCUUGGAACGAGCUACCUUUCCCUCCUCAAUAUUAUAGUGGUGUAUGGAAUUUUUUUACUGUGAAUUCAAAAACAAGUGUUAUUGAUUCCCGGGAAAAAGAUUAUCACAGCAUUCUGUGCGACACCAACUCUUCAACAUUAUCAUCUAAUUUACACAGGGAACCGGAAACUCAUACAACUGAUUAUCCUCUUUCUAAAAAGCAAUGUCAAACAAUCUUAAAUGUUUCUCCAAUCUUACCUCAAGAUGGCUUUGAAGCAUUAAGUUGUUUAGAAAAAGAAAUAAAUAGCAGAGCACCAACAACUAUUCCACCAUUAUUGUCAAAGAAUACAUGCCUUAAUAUUUCCCAUCCUAUUUCUUCAUUUAUUUCUUGCAAAUCAUUUUCAAUGUUUCCCUCUUAUCUCAACUUGAUGAACACCUCAGUUGAAAACGAAAAACAAGAAGAAGAAUCAUACAAUUUAUUAAAAAAAAGGCUUCAUGUAACCUUUGAAAAAUUAAAAAAUGAAAUCGCUCAAAACUAUGUUUCAACAAAUACUUUAAAUCAGUACUGUGAAAAUAAUACUUUUUAA